GCCCCUAUAUUAACGGCCAUUGCGGCGCCCCCUCAGCGCCGCCUCCCGCCUCCUUCGCCCGGCUUCGCCUCCCGCUCGCGCCGCUCCCGCCAUGACCGAUGCGGCCGUGUCCUUCGCCAAGGAUUUCCUCGCCGGCGGGGUGGCGGCCGCCAUCUCCAAGACUGCCGUCGCCCCCAUCGAGAGGGUCAAGCUGCUGCUGCAGGUGCAGCACGCCAGCAAGCAGAUCGCCGCCGACAAGCAGUACAAGGGCAUCAUCGACUGCGUGGUGCGCAUCCCGCGCGAGCAGGGCAUCCUCUCCUUUUGGCGCGGCAACCUGGCCAAUGUGAUCCGGUACUUCCCCACCCAGGCCCUCAACUUCGCUUUCAAGGAUAAGUACAAGGAGAUCUUCCUGGGCGGCGUGGACAAGCGAACCCAGUUCUGGCGGUACUUCGCCGGUAACCUGGCAUCCGGGGGUGCCGCCGGCGCCACCUCCCUGUGCUUCGUGUACCCCCUUGACUUUGCCCGAACCCGCUUGGCCGCGGAUGUGGGUAAAGCAGGGGCCGACCGGGAGUUCAGUGGGCUCGGUGACUGCCUGGUCAAAGUCUUCCGCUCAGAUGGCCUUCGGGGCCUGUACCAAGGCUUCAGCGUCUCUGUCCAGGGCAUCAUCAUCUACAGAGCUGCCUACUUUGGCAUCUACGACACUGCCAAGGGCAUGCUUCCAGACCCAAAGAACACCCACAUUGUUAUCAGCUGGAUGAUUGCUCAGACCGUCACUGCUGUGGCCGGUUUGGUCUCCUACCCGUUUGACACGGUUCGUCGUCGCAUGAUGAUGCAGUCUGGCCGGAAAGGAGCUGACAUAAUGUACUCUGGCACUCUUGACUGCUGGCGGAAGAUUGCCCGGGAUGAGGGCUCCAAGGCCUUUUUCAAAGGUGCAUGGUCAAACGUUCUCCGAGGAAUGGGUGGUGCUUUUGUCUUAGUCCUGUAUGAUGAAAUCAAGAAGUAUACAUAAGUUGUUUCCUGUUGUGAACUGGCAUGUUGUUCUAUGUAGUCUAUGACUGUUCAUGGACUUGUUUGAAAACCAUCUAGUUACUAAACAGUGGCAGCUGAUGUUUGUACAGGUUGGCAUGGGGCAGGGGUGACUGCUUGCCCUGUCUUUAUCAAACUAUUCCCCCUGAUGGGACUCAUGAUGGUUUCUAUUUCAGUCACUCCUGCUUAAAAAGUACAGAGAAAUAAAAAUCUGAAACCAA